AUGCAGAGACCUGCAAUGGUGCGUGAGGCGAAGAAGAAACCAGUAGAAGAGAAAGUCAGCAAGAAAACGCAGGAGAUUCUGGAAAAGAACCGCCAGAAGGAAAUAGAGAAGACACAGGCGCUGGAUGCGCAGCAACUUGCAGACUGGGAGAAGCCAGUGGAUGCUCUGGCGGAGGCCCCGGAUGUGUCGAAACUCGAGAAGGACCUGCUAGAUUUGUUGAUCGGAUUCAACCGAGUUGUGCCAAGUUUUGUCGGCUUCCCCGCGCUCGCCAAUGCGUUCAAGACGCCAGAGACGCAGGUGUUGGUCAUCGUCAAGGCAGUGAAGAACCUGCGGAUCGCCUUGAAGAAGCUGCAGCUGGACAGGCUGCCCGCAGAGGCUCAGCCCAAGGUGGCAAGCCUCAUCGUCUACAUCUACUGCCUUGUUCAGGAAGCUUGGAACUCCUAUGGCAAGAAAGGUCUCCUGGACGGGAAAUGCAUCAAGCUCUUCCAAGAGCUCUUGAUUUCUCUGGGCUUCCGCAGCAACGCACAAGGCCUCUUUCGGCAGUGGAAGGAGGUUCAAGCGUCACUUGGAAAGGAAGACGGUGCUACAGAAGAUGGCGAGAAGGGCAAGGACGGGAAGGACAAGAAAGGCAAGGAGAAAGACGACAAAAAGGAUAAGAAGAAGGAAAAGGAGAAAAAAGACAAAAAGGACUCCAAGGACUCCAAGGAGGAUUCUUUCGAUUCCUUCGAGGUCAAGAAGGAGGUAGAGCUUUGCUGGUCCGGUGUCGGCAGCGAUGAGUAUGCAUUUCAGUUGAUGCACAUGGGCCCGCAGAUGACACGUCUCGUUGGCACAGCCAAGGAUCCAAAGGAGCGUGUCAACUUCAAGCCGGACAAGUGGCAGAGGGACUUGCUAGACAUCGUGGACGACAACGAGUCAGCCUUGGUCGUUGCGCCCACGGCAAGCGGCAAGACCUUCAUUGGCUACUAUGUCAUGGAUCAGGUUCUCAGAGAAGAUCACGACGGUGUUGCGGUCUAUGUGGCUCCAUCGAAGGCGCUUGUCAAUCAGGUGAGUGCGGAAAUCUACGCACGCUUCGGAAGUAAGAUAUUCCCGGCUCACUCCAAGCAAGAACUGCUGGGAGUUUUUCUCAAGGAAUUCAACUCCGCCGGAGGUGUCGCGGAGGCUGGCAAGUGGAAGCAGUGUCAGGUGCUCGUCACCAUUCCACACAUCCUCGAGAUGCUGCUUCUGUCAGCAGAGAACCAGGACUGGGUGGCUCGACUGCGGUACGUAGUCUUCGAUGAGGUGCACUGCAUCGGGGAGCAAGAAGGUGGAGAGCAGUGGGAGCAUUGCAUGCAGUUGAUUCCAUGCCCCUUCAUCGCCCUCAGCGCAACGGUGUCCGAUCCGAGCUUCUUUCACAAUUGGCUGAGCAGGGUAAAUGAGCUGAAGAAGACCUCCAAGGUAAGCAUUGUGGAGCAUCGUGAGCGAUGGAAUGAUCUUUACAAAUAUGUUUGGGUCGGAGGAAAGCUGAGGCCGCUGCACCCUUUCUGCUGCUUCGUGGAGAGCUCGCUGCGCCGAAACGGAAUGUCCUCCGACCUCAGCCUCGUACCAAGGGAGAUGGUGCAACUACACCAAGAGGUCCAAAGAAUCAUCGGCGUGAACGACAAGUGGGACAGGCUGUCUCCUGCAAAAUACUUUGCGGGUCAAGCGUUUGUUACGAAAAUCGAUGCGAGAGGGUAUGAGAGGGAGUUGAAGGAAACGUUCUUGCAGCUGCUUCGCGAUGAUGUACUCGGGAACGAGGGCUUCUCAAAGCUCACCAUGGCCCUGCAGCAGCCCACAGGGCUCGAAAGCUUCAAGCCACCACCUCGGACUGAGAGCGACAGCGAGGUUGACCUCACGAAGUUGGUGAAGGAAACUUCUUACCUGCAGGCGGCGACUCUCUUCAAGCUUUGCAAGGAUCUUGACCAAAAAGAUAUCAUGCCAGCGAUCAUCUUCAAUUUCUCCAGGAAAGAGAUCGAACGAAUGCUCAAGAAGCUCGUUGAGGAGCUGGAGAGACUCCAAUACAACAAGUACUGGGGUGAUGAGGAGGCGAAGAUCAGAACCAGAAAGAUCAAUGACAAGCGAAAAGCAGACUAUGACCGGAAGAAAGAGGCAUUCGAUGAGGCCCAGAAGAUGCGAGCUAGCGCGAAGCAAGAAGGAACUGCUGCUCGAAAGUCUGGCGAGAUAGAAGGCCGUGGAGGAAGAAAAGCUGAAGCUGUGGACAUAUCAGAGGACCUCAUGCUGCAAGAACCAAUAGAGCCGAAGGACAUCUCUGAAGAAAUCGAUCCAGAGUUCACUUUUCACUCGGCACGAGCCCUCGGCGUUUGGCAGGAGGAUAUCGACGAAGUAAUCAACGACGCCAAGAAGAAGGGCGGUGCUGAGAAUUGGAUGGUGGAGGGUCUCAGGAGAGGAAUCGGGAUCCAUCACGAGGGCCUGAAGAAAAACUACAGAGAUGCUGUGGAGGUUCUUUUCCGUCGUGGGUACUUGCGGGUUGUGUUUGCCACCGGCACUUUGGCGCUCGGCAUCAACAUGCCGUGCCGAUCGACGAUCUUCUGUGGAGACUCGCUGGAGCUAACUGGACUGAUGUACCGGCAGAUGAGUGGUCGAGCAGGGAGGCGAGGCUUCGACCUGCUCGGGCAAGUGAUCUUCCUGGACAAGCCGUUCACGAAGAUCCAACGACUCAUCACGUCAGAUCUGUCGAGCCUAGCCGGUGAAUUCACACUUUCUCCAACAAUACUUCUGAGGGCAUUGCACGAGUACGAGAGAAUGCUGGAGCUCAAGGAGGAAGGCACCUUGGGCAGAACUCUUGAAGACAUCACUCGGUGUCUGGCACCUGUGUUCGAAUUGCCGUUCUUUCAAAGCAAGACCGCAGAGCUGAAGACCCAAGUAGCCUUUCACACGCGGUUCACCUUAGAGCUUCUGUACAGAGAAGGGCACAUUGCGCGGGACGGCUCAACAAGGAACUUGGCGAAUCUGUGUACACAUCUCUUCGAGGCUGAGCCGGCCAACCUGGUGCUUUCCAGGCUCCUCUGCAGUGGAGUUCUGCACGAGUAUCUGGCCGAGGAGGCUCCCAAGAUGCUCAAGGGCGACCGACGGACACACCUCACCGUGAAGCUCGUCUCUGUGUUGGGCUGGAUCUUUUUUCGACGGAGGCUGCCGUCCAGCAUUCCGAAGGAGCGGAUUCCAAGAAAGAAGCACCUGCCUUCGGAGGGAUGUCCACGCCUUCCUCCACUGCCGUCAAGGAUAAAGAAGGAGAUUCAGAGAUACAACAGCCAGCUCUUUGAAGUCUUCCAGGAUUUUGCCUGGACAGUGGCGAUGACCAGGAAGCACGGGCAGAUUGACCUGACACUUCCUGCAAGCGGAAGGUGUUUUCCCGUGGGCCUGGACGAAAGGGGGGAUCCCUUUGACAAGAAGAGCGGCCUAGGAAAUGCCCUUUUCAAGCAGGUUGUCAAGUACAAGUCACGUUCACCCUUCUCGGCUUUAUCUGGUGCUGGUGACUUCUACCUGACACCCUCGGACCUGUCCAAGAAUUGCAGGAACGUCCUGCACUUGGACUUGAACGCCAUCCCAACAGUGGCCUGCCCGCCGACGGGCGCGGAUGCCAAUCGGGAGCUAGAGGCAACGAACAGCUGGAUCCUGGACUACAUGAUCCAUGGGCAGAGGAAAUAUCUUUGGGAGGACAACGGCCUCAAUGCCACACGCGCAUGGAAGCUGAUUGAUGAGUUCGUGCAAACUUUGAAGAAGGCAGUGAAAGCAAUGAAGGCUUUUGCGCCUGAAAAAGACAUUGUGCUGACCACCAUGACUCAGCUUGCCAAGGAAAUGGAAGCCUUCCACAAGAAGGCAUAA